UUAUUUUGUCUAGUAGCUGUGGGAGAUGAGAGGAAAGUGACACAGCCACCCUCCGCUCCGAGCCGACCGAGGCGAGCCCCCUCACCGCAGCAUCCGCGGCAUGCCCCGCAGCACGGAUUAGAGCUCCCCGGCGCGGCCUGUCUGACUGCGGAGCGUCCAUUUGCAACGUUUGAUAACAUAUUUACGACGGGCUGCGUAUUUUUAGCUGUCUGGAGGUUGCCAGUGUGUGUCCGAACAUAAUCCGCCAUGGCGUCAGCAAAUGUUACACUGGAAAAUCAGCUGCACAGCGCACAGAAAAACCUGCUCUUCCUCCAGCAAGACCACGCCAACACGCUAAAGGGGCUUCACGCAGAGAUCCGCAGAUUACAGCAGCAAUGCACAGACCUGACAUACGAGCUCACAGUGAGAAGCUCUGAUCCCUCAGACAGCAGUGAGGUCCGAUGCAAGGAGCUGCAGCGGAGAUGCGAGGAGCUGGAGGCCCAGCUGAAGAAAAAGGAGGAGGAGAACACGGAGCUGCUCAGGGACCUGGAACAGAAGAACGCCAUGAUUUCCGUGCUGGAAAACACCAUCAAAGAGAGGGAGAAGAAGUACCUGGAGGAGCUGAAGAUGAAGAGCCACAAGCUGGCCGUCCUGUCCGGGGAGCUGGAGCAGAGAGCCAGCACCAUCGCGUACCUCACCUCGCAGCUCCACGCCACCAAGAAGAAGCUGCUGGCGGGCAGUUCCUCCGAGGCCAGCCCCAACGUCAGCCCCGUCACCUCCUACAAGCCCACGCCCCCGCCGGCCAAGGACCGGCAGCCCGAGACGCCGCGCCGCCGCAUGAAGAAGAGCCUCUCGCAGCCCCUCCACCCGGAGCUCACGGAGGUGUACCGCCUGGGGUCGGACGGCCGGCGGCUGGUCCUGCGGGAGGCGGUGGACGCCAUGCCCGACCCCACGCCCUUCCUGCAGGCCGGCAGAGAGUCCCCCGAGCCGCAGGUGGUGCGCGAGCGGCCCGCCGUCAUCCCCCCCAUCGCCUCGGAGCGCUCCCCCGUCCCCCCGCUGGGCGCCACGGCCAGCCCCCGGCACAGCCCCGCCCGGGACCGGCAGUACAGGGCUCACGUGGGCGUGGCCCACCGCAUCCCGCACGGCACCCCUCCCCUGGCCCCCCCGCAGGCCGAGCUGGAGACGCUGGCCGUGGACCAGGUGAACGAGGAGAAGGUGGUCCGCAAGCGCUCGGAGGCCGACAGGACAGUUUAACACUGUGAAGCUGAUAUGCACAUCAACGCACACACGCACACACACACACACACACACACACACACACACACAC